GCACAAGCUGCAAAGUCAGAAAAACCCAGCCCACUGGCCGUCACAGGUGUCAUUUGACAAAAGAGCCACAAGGACCUUCCAAUCUUCCUAUAAUUUCAAUCUUCUAAGGAGGAAUUGGACUCAAUAAUAAGACUCUUCGGACUGGAUCAGAGGAAGAGUAGCAAGCAGAGUGAAGAGUAAAAAUAUCCAUGAACGUUCAGUGACACUGCAAGUGAAGCUGAAGACUUUCACCUGUAUUCUAGUGAAAAGUCAGCAUCGAUUCACUGACAUGGUUCUAGACCAUAGAAAACAUGUACAUUUGCCUGUGCUGGUGUGAUGAGACAGGUGAGCUGCAAAAAGAAGUUAAUCUGUUUUACAACACUAGAUUUCUCCCUCUGCAUCAUGUCCCCAGUCAAACGGUUCACAACGUACGCUGACAUUUAUAAAGCUCUGUUUUUUUGGUUAAAAAGAGCCAAAUUUCUGCUCUGAACAUAUUAAUACUAACAAAUUAGUUUCAGUUCUAAUGUAGAAUAGUCAUUCAGACUUCCAACUGAUUGUCCUGGCUGCGUGUCAUAACCGCUCUUCAACACUGUCUGUGUCUCUGGUUGUAAUUUGUUUCGCGUAAUAUGAUGAUCCAAAGUACAUUAUGCACAAAAACACAUUUGCCAUUAAAAACUUGCUUGUUUAAAUUGUUUUUCCUUUAAAAUGUACUCUUAUUUAUGUUAUAAUCAUUUAACCACACCUCCAUGAGCUGACUUUUAUUUUUUCCUCACUGGAGGCUGAAGACUCAAACUUAUAUUGAAUUGUCAUCAAAUUCAUUUGAUUUGGUUUCUUUAACCAAAUCUAAGACGUAAAAAUCAGUUUAGGGUGGGGGAUGUAUGUAACGCCAACACUACCAGUCCAUUAAUACACAAUCCUGCUCAAUCCAGCUGUGACAGAUGGUAUCUUUAAUAUGCCAGUGAUUAAUAUGGACUCUGUUACAAUGUGACUGCCAAACUGGUGAUACUAUAAGUCAUUAUUACCGUGCAGUUAUUCUCAACCGUAACUCCUGGCUUUUCCGUGUAAGUCUGUACUCUAACGGUAAAAAGAUAAAGCAUUAUACUAAGUUGACUUUACUACUUUACACACAAGCGUAUCAGCUUUGCGUUGUAUUGAGCAGCCAGUUCUGGUAAGUCAGCGGUAUGUUUUUACUCGUUUGUAUAUGCUGGUUCCACAUGUGAUUCGUUUCUUUUCUUGUAACACUCACUCUGUAGGAUUCAGACCAUGGGAGUGUUUUCCAUUUGUUCAGAUGUCAUGUGCUCUAUGUCAUGUGUGUGCAGCGCACCAGGGAAGUGAUAAAUAAAAAAAAGUAAAUUUAGAAAAAUAAAAUGAAGGGAAGGAAUGAAGAAAGAACAGUCUUGUCGACAAAAAUGGGAUGCUGUAAUAGCUUGCUUGAAAAGUAUUUGGUGGCCCUCUGGAUAGCAGCACUUAAAGUUAACUAGGGAGGCCUUGUGCCAUUCUCUGUAUUCAGGCUGCAUAGUAAAUUAUUGUAGUGUUUUCUGGAAACAAUGGGGAGUAUUUUUCACAUGGGUAACCAUGUGCUCUGGAGCUGCAGGCCUGUACUAAACAUGUUUUUAAUCUUGUUUCAGGAAUAGUCAUUUCAAUUCACUUACACCCCCUUGUGGCAAAAUAAUAAUUUUUUAAUAUAAACAAUUUAGUGUAGUAGAUUAAGCAUUCACCUAACAAGCAGAAUAUCCACGGUUUGAUCCCAGAGGCCAGACGGAUCCUUUUGGAGUUGUGCUGGGAAGGACGUAUAUUUAAAAAAAAAAAAUGAAUAUAUACAUUUUUAAAAUGCCAAUUUAAUAAAAAAGUAAUUUAUAAGGCAGCUUUAUAGUGUCUAUUCUAAUGAAGUCUGAGGAAGUAUAGAAAUGUUGACCAUGUUAUUAGAGUUCUGUAAUGAAAUUGUAUAUUUUAACAAAGACGUGGUGUGUUGCUUACUGAAGACAUGCCUGUUUGACCUCAAAUCCCUGACAACAGUGCUCUUUGCAUUAAUGUUUACAUGUUUGAUUUCUGCAUCCUGACUGACCAAUCCUGGGCGAGCUAGUCUGCAGACGGGGCACGAUAGUGGGAUGGUAUCUUACUGAGCACUGACAGGGGGUGACAUAGUGGAAGAGGGAUGGCAGGAAUUAGGCUGCUGAGGAUUAGUGUCUGAGCUCUGAUUGUCCAUUGGCUGAAGAGACAUUCUCUGCUCGGCGAGGACCUGAACUGACAAUAACAAGCACCAUAUUCAUGCUGUCGUGAUUGUUACGGGAUUUAUAUAUUUUUUGAAUGGAUCGUCUUUUUGGGUUUUUUUAUGUGGUUUAACUUUAUAACUUGUACAUACUUUUAGUCAACUUUUUGAAGACAUAAGAAAGAUCAUGGUGGUGCUUCUGACUAAUAACGCCAAUAAUUUUUACUGCUUUCCUACAGUUUCCAAGAGAAGAGCUGCCCUAAAGCUAGAUGACGAUGAAAAGACCCCGGCACCCCCAUUGUUCCAGGAGAAUGUGUUCAUUGAGUCCAGCAGGCCCAAGUACCUGGAGGACCUUCACACUGAGGCUCUGCAAGGACUGAAAAUGAUGCAGGAGGAAGAAACCAAUAAUGGAGUGGAAUACCAGGACAGCGUAAGCACAAUUUCGACAAUGACAGCUCAAACAGAUGGAGAAAGUGCUGGGUUUAUGACGGACAGCACGAUUCCUGAUACGUCUUCUGUCGCCUCUGUGCAAUCGUCAGUGUCCACUAGAUCCUCCCGCUCUGGACUCACCAGACAAGGUUCAACAUUCAGACCUUUGAACUCUGGGAAAAAGUCAGAAAAGACCAGGACCAGAAGACGCCACAGGAAGACUGUUGUGGGUAUCCCACAUCAUGUUCAGAGAGAGCUGGGUCUGGACAGAGUUGACUGGACACUGAAUCCAAAGUUAGAUGAGGAACAGCUUUUUAAUGGCGAGACUAAUCUCAGUCCAACUACAGAUGGGCAACAGAUGGGAUCACAGUCUGAAAAAGGAGCCAGUAUUAAUGUUCCAGGCAUAAGCAUCCAGCCUCUCAACAAGAAAAAUGUCAAGCAGCUCGGUGCUACCCAUGCUGCUCAUAGAGAUGAUCUCGCCCUGCUGCACCGCCUGCGUCCCGCCUUGGAAGAUGAUCAGAGGCCUCGAUCUUUAGCUGUACCCUGGUUGACCACUGCCUCCAGCCUUCAACAGGAGCUCCCCAGCCCCGUCAUGUCCAUGUCACCCCAGGCUGCUUACAUGUCCAAAAUCAUUCCCAAUGCCAUUUUGCCACCCGCAAUCGAUGUGGUGGAGAUCAGCCGUGGGCGUAGUCGGAACAGUGUCCGCACUGUCAGCAAAAGCAGCCUGAUGCUCUCCAGCCCAGCUCCGUCCCGUGCUUCUUCUAGAGCAUCUUCAGUGAGAACCUAUUCCUCCAAAUCGUCCACCAUCACCUCUGCCUCUCGCAACAAUCCUCCAAAUCUGUCUGACACGUCGUGUUGGAGUAAUUCUGACUCGUCCGAGACAUUGGUAUCUGACUCUUCAACCAUCUCCAACAGCAGCACCCCAAAGCAAAAGAGAAAUGGCAAUGCUUCUGCUAAGGAGGACAAAGUUGAUGCUCACUCCUCUAUAAGCAAGGCCUCCAGCUCCAAUGGCAGGGUGAUCGUCAGGGGAGAUGAGGUUAAGAAAGACGGACAGUUUGUGCGUAGCCUCUCUGUUACUAAGCCAAAAAGGGCCCCUCCUCCUCCAAGCCGGUCCUAUUCCCUCCACAGUAAAAUGAAGCGCCAGCCCCGUUAUCCAGCAGAGAUUAGGGUCUUGCCAGGAGAAAAUUCUCUCCACAGCAAUUCAGCCCCAAGUGAGGAAAGUGACCAAAACCAAUCUGACUCUCAUCCCUCCAAGACUCUGGACAGCCCUGGCUACAAUGCUGACACCAGUUCUCUGGAUGAUUCAAUGGGCUCUUCGUCAGUCGGUCCCUUUAGAACUCAGCUGCAGGCAAUCAAAAGAUCGAAAGAUGCUUCACAAGAGAAGCAGGAACUGCUUGAGGAGAAUAAGCUAAACAAUGUCAGUGGCAACUCCAGCCAAGAUGGCACAUUCCCACAGCUCACUAAACAAGCUAACGGUUCAUCUCCAAAGCAUAAGAACAGCAUUUUAGCAAAGCUUCAAAAAGUAUUUGCUGGAUCCUCUUCAAUUAAGUCAGAGUCAUCUAAAUAUAAUAAGUGCACUGAGGAACAUAAAGCUGAUUCAAAACACACUGUCAGUCCCUCUGUACAGGCCUUGAUAGAACUUUUCAAUAUCCCUCCACCACCUAAAAUCCAUGCACCUCCACCUCCUCCACCUGAGGUAUGGUCCCAUAGUUUGCGUUCAUGUGAGCUGAUCCUGGGACCCCCAGCCCCUGGCAAGACUUAUGCUAUUGCAAAGAAGAACCCGAAGGACCGGAGACAACAGAGGCAGUCUCCUGCAGCUGCUGAGGAGUUGGCUAAGAGCUUGGCAGUAGAAAGAAAGCACAAAAAUCCAUCAGUGACGACAGAGUCUGUUAAUGGAUCCCUACAUGUGCUAGAAUUGAAGAAAGUUCAAGAAAGUGGGAUUUUGAAUGCGGAGAUUUGCAAAGAUAGCAAUGAAAGACUGGCUCAGAAUGUAGAUUUGAAUGGACGUGGUAAAGAUGAGAAAGGGAGAGUAAGUGAUAUGUUGAAUGGAAUGUUAAUGAAGGCUGUAGAGAGACGAGAAGAAAGACUUGCAGCAAUAAAAGAAGAAGCAGCUAAUAAAACAACCGGCCAAGCUACAGAGGUAAAGACUAACACUGAUAGAGCACCUGCCAUUUCAUUAAUUCACAUUUCCCCAGCGCUAUCUGCUCCUCUGGUGCAACGUGUUUCCCAGCCCCUCCCCAGACAGACCACAGAAAUCAAUUCCAUUACAUCAGUAAAAGUUGUAUCCCCCGAAUCUUCCUGGCCCCCUCCACCACCACCACCGACAUCAGGUAGCCCCAGUGGGCCAGAUGAAAUAGAUUUUCCUCUUCCUCCACCUCCACUGUUUGGUGAUGAUUCACCCAUUAUACCUGUUCAGGUUCCACCAAAGUCCUCCCUCAGGAGUGACUCCUCUUGCACGACUGCAUCGGUUAUAUCAGUAGGGAAAAAGGACAUCAUUAAGGUGAUCAUGGAGCCUGAACUUCACAAGUCCAGUACAUCUCAGGGGGUAGCACCUUCUCCCUUAAAUAUCCCUCCUCCCCCACCAUAUACAGCACCCCCUCCACCACUUACAGAGGUUCUGCCUACUGCAACUGAUAAGGCAUCUCUGACACUUUCUCCACCACCACCUGUAGAGUUUGGUCCUGUAAUACCAAAAAAGCUACCUUCACCCGUGGUUCAAGAUGUGCCCCCACCUGUUAAAGACAUCUCCUCUACCUUAUUAACAUUAGUAUCUCCUUCACCAGCUAAAGUCGUCUCACCUCCUCUAGUUGUUGAGGUCUCACAUCUGCCACUCAAAGAGGUGUCUGCUCCGUCCUCUGAAGAGGUUACGUCUCCUCCUUCUCAAGAAAAUAUGUCUAAUAUCUCUGAAGAGGCUGAAUCUAUCAGCAAGCUCACUCCACCACAAAGUAUUCCACCUGCACCACCCCUGCCAACACAGCCAGAAUCAUCAGAGCAGAAGAUUGAGCUUCUACAAGAGGUCUCCUUUGAACCUGAAGCUAACACAGUUUCAUCUAACAGUGUUCUUAUCCCCCCUCAGAAUAUUCCCCCUCCACCUCCCACAGAGCUUCUCCCACAAUCUCAGGUAGUAGCCCCAAAAACUGAUGUUCUGACAACAAAGGAGGCCUCACCUUCACCUCCAUCUGAAGUAUCAAUACCACCACCAUCACCACCUGAAACAUCUUCACCAGAAAAGACUCAAGUAUUUGCUCCUUCUGAACCUGUAAACAUCCCUGUACCUCCACCGUUACCAGUUCAGGGGCAUGCCAGCAUUAAGGAGCAGCCUAUUCCUUUAAGCACAGAGAAUAAAACCCAAGAGCAGACUUCUACCCCAGUUGUGCAAGAAGAACCUAUGCCCAUUGUCACCCCUUCCCUCCUGCAGAUGGUCAAAUUGCGGUCAGUCAGCAGCAGCCCUGAGCCCCCCAAAGCUGAAGAGCAGCAACCACAGGCUGAGGUCACAAGCAGCAAUCAGUUCCCAUCCUCAUCUGCUAAUGGUGAGGCUCCUCAGAAGCCCAUCAGAAAAUCUCUAAUCAUGACCUCUUCUACACCCAUUCCUCCACCGGAAACAGUCCCUUCGCAACCAACUGUGCCCAAGUCCCAAGCUGACGUGGUUCCUCCUUCAUCUUUGUCCAUAGCCACCUCCCCUACGAAAAAGGCUUAUUCUGCCGUGAACACUACCCGUUCCAUGAACCUACAGGAAGCCAUCCGCAUGAGGACAGCAGCCAGAUCUCAACAAAGUCCAGCGUCUCGCCUCAGCUUGCAGCCUCCAACGUCACCACUGGACCUUCACAAGUCCCCCAGCACCACUGCAAGCUUUAUCUUCUCCAAGAGCAACAGGAAUGUUGUGACUGAGACCAAGCCAGUGCCGGUGGCCAAGGAAGAUGUACACAAGGUGACCAGUGAAGCAGAGUCAAUGAAUAAGGGAGCCAAGGUGCCACCACCUGUUGCAAAGAAACCCAAAACAAGGGGCAGCGAGGUUGAGACGAGUGAAGAUGUGGACCAAACUGCAAGACAGGAAGCGCAGCAGGAAAGUAUCAAAGAUGCUGCAGAGAAAACAAAUGGAACAGCUGGUACUGUUGAAGGAGGGUCGUCAUAAACAUGAUUAUAAAGACUGAAGGAGACCUCUGCAACUGGAUAUGGAUGGAUGAGAUGCUUCACUCAGAAACUGCUUUUUUUUAAGGUUUUGGAGUUGUUUGAAUUUAAUGGUGUGGGUCCUAAUUUUCUUGAGCUCAUUUUGCAUUUUAUAAAGAGAUGUAUAUUUUCUUUACCAGAGGGUCUUUGUCGCCCUCUAGUCUCAAAUAGUGAUUGUACCACUUAUGUCCUGCUGAAUCAAUCCUUUAGUCAGUACUUGGAACAAUGGGACUUUUGGGCACUCAUCUGUAAAUAUAGCAGCAUUAUGUUUAUUUAACAUAUCCAGUAAUGGUGGAUUUCUUCUACAGAGUUAUGUUCUGUAUCUUUUCCAAAAGUUUCCACACUAAUUGUAUUUGUUCCAAAUACUAUUAAUUAUCUUAAGUUAUUUUUUCUGUCACAUUUAGAGGACGACCUCUACAGACAGAAAGUCUUCUUUGCCAUGUUUGCUAAAGAAUGACAUAAUAAAACAGUCUGUUGCGUAGCUCUACAAGCAUGCAAAUUUAUAUUUUAGAUCCCACACACAGACACAUCACACACUAGAAUGAUUAUAGUGCACAUUUUCUGCUGCUUUUUAGUUACAGAUAAUGGAGGCAAUGCCUUUCUUCCCAGUUAUGGCUUAAACUGUGGGAUAUUUCUGUAUUGAACUAUAAUAUAUUUCAAACUGGUUUUGCAGACAACUGUAAGAAUCACCAUUUAUAAAGAAAAAUUAAAGAUUCAUCGAUAAACUAAAAUACUGUGUUGCCCAUCUUUUUUUUCUCCUUGCAUUGUUUUACUUCAGGGUCAACUGUUUAGAGAUUCUACCCUUCACAAAAAUGUAAAGGAACACUUUGAAAACACAUCAAAUCUUACUGAGGGAAAAAUGCUGCUGGAUAUCUACAUUGAUAUAUACUGGGCAAUAAGAACAAAAGGAUACCGCCUCAUUUAAAAGAAUUGAAAAUUUAACUACAGUAGGUUGAAUUUAAAGAAAUGCUUAAAAUCAGAGUGAAAAUUAUGCAGCAGGCUGGUCCAUUUUGCCAAAAUUUCAUUGCAGCAACUCAUAAUGGACACUUAGUAGUUUGUAUGCACGUCAUCACAGAUGGACCCACUGUUUCAGCGUAGGUUCUGGCAGUGGGUCCAAGGACUUCAUUGUGACACCUAAUGGCAGUCAGGGUGCUGUUGCCUAGCCUGUAGAGGUGCAGCUAAUGGUCCUGCUGGUAGGUUAAGGACCGAUGGAAUGUCAGUGCUCUUGAGACUGUGCUGGGACACAGCAAACCUGGCAAUAGCACAUAUUGAUGUGCUCUCCUGGAGGAGUUGUACAUCCUGUGCAGCCUCUGUAGGGCCCUGGUAUUUCCUCAUGGUACCUCUAGUGACACAGAGCCUAGUGAAACAAGAAGACAAUAAAGAUGAGGGGAAAAAAAAUAAAAUUUCAGUGGCCUCCACCUGUAAAACUAUCCACAUUUUGGAGGUUGUCCUAUUGUUGCCCCUCUAGUGCACCUGCUAUUAAUUUCAAAGCAGCUGAGCCUCUCUGCUACUCACUUAAACUUCAGUACCCCAGAACUUUAACCGACCUGAUGCUGUUCUCUGAUUAAGAAGUGCUC